CGGAAUCUCGGAAUCACAAACGACACAUCACAUUGCACGACAGACGGCAAGAUGGUGACUAUUACGCACACUGAGACGAAGGAUGUUCGGUUCCCGACAUCUCUCGACAAGACGGGUUCCGAUGCCAUGAAUGCGGCGGGUGACUACUCAUCUGCAUACUGCAUUCUUCACACAGACUCCGAGUUCAAGGGUCACGGAAUGACCUUCACAAUCGGCCGCGGCAACGAAAUAGUAUGCACAGCCAUUGCCCAUCUCGCAGACCGCAUCAAGGGCCGCACGCUCGAGUCACUGGUCGAGAACUGGGGCAAGACAUGGCGCCACCUAGUCAACGACAGCCAACUGCGCUGGAUCGGCCCGGAGAAGGGCGUGAUCCACCUCGCGCUAGGCGCCGUCGUAAACGCCAUCUGGGACCUCUGGGCCAAGACGCUCGGCAAGCCCGUGUGGCGCAUCGUAGCCGACAUGUCCCCCCAGCAGAUCGUCGACCUAAUCGACUUCCGCUACAUCACCGACGCCCUGACGCCGGAGGAAGCGCUCCAGAUCCUGCAAAAAGCCGAGCAGGGCAAGAAGGAGCGCCUGCAGGAGGCGCUCGAGAGCAAGGCUGUCCCCGCCUACACGACGUCCGCUGGCUGGCUCGGCUACGGCGAGGACAAGAUGAAGGGCCUGCUGCAGGAGACGCUUAGCAAGGGGUACCGCCACUUCAAGCUCAAGGUCGGCAGCGACCUGAAGCAGGAUAAACAUCGUCUUACUAUUGCGAGAGAGGUUAUCGGGUAUGAUAAGGGGAAUGUGCUCAUGGUUGAUGCGAAUCAAGUCUGGAGUGUGCCGGAGGCGAUCGCGUAUAUGAAGGAGCUGAAGGAGUUUAAGCCGUGGUUUAUUGAGGAACCGACUUCGCCUGAUGACGUCCUCGGCCACAAAGCCAUCCGCGAAGCCCUAAAGCCCUACUCCAUCGGCGUCGCCACAGGAGAAAUGUGCCAAAACCGCGUAAUGUUCAAGCAAUUCCUCGCCUCAGGCGCCAUCGACAUCUGCCAAAUCGACGCCUGCCGCCUGGGCGGCGUCAACGAAGUCAUCGCCGUCCUCCUCAUGGCCGCGAAAUUCAACGUCCCCAUCGUGCCGCACAGCGGCGGCGUCGGCCUGCCUGAAUACACGCAACAUCUGUCCACCAUUGACUAUGUUGUUGUGAGCGGAAAGAAGAGCGUCCUUGAAUAUGUGGAUCAUUUGCAUGAGCACUUUUUUAGCCCGAGUAAAAUUGAGGAUGGGUAUUAUGUUACGCCUACUAGUCCUGGGUAUAGCGUUGAGAUGCGGCCUGAGAGUAUGGAGAAGUUCUCGUUUCCGGGUGGGGAGAAGGGGUGGUGGAAGAGUGAGGAGGCGAGGGGGAUAUUGGAGGGGGAGAAGAUUUAG